AUGACAACAGUGAGCAGCAGGAAUAACGACAAGCGAUCAAACUCGACCACACCAUCCUCUACGCGAUCACCCCGGUCAAAGCCAGCUUCUCGACUCGUUUUAGUCUCGCUCCUCUUGUUACUGCUAGCUUUGGUAUCAUUGACAACAGCACUCCCGACCAACAGUACCUUGAUCCCUAUAGGAGGAAACGUACCCUUGGAUGUCGGGCAGAGGGUCAGGCUGUCGAAGUUGAACUGGGGUUUGGGGAUUACGCUCAUCCUGUUUGGGCUCAUCGAGGUCUUCUAUGGCUUCAAAUUAAUUCGUCUAUCGCUUGUUGUCACCGGCUUCUUAUCUUGGGCAAUUGCUGCGAUGAUCAUUAUGGUGGCCAUCCGGUGGGACCUCGUGUUCACGACAUUCUCUGUCAAGUUUUACUACUUUUGGGUGUGGCUGGUGGCAGGAGUAACAGGGGCGACCCUCUCGUUUCGAUAUUGGGAUCUGGGCGUCACCUUCUCGGGUGCCUUUGGAGGAUUUGCGGUCGCCAUGGGGAUCAUCGCCAUCGCCAACAUUGCCAUCGGCAACGCAGGACGCUAUGUACUUCUUGUGGUCCUCAUCCUUGGCGGGUCGGCAUUUGCGACGUUCUUUGAGCGAAUCUUUAUCAUCAUGUCGACCAGCUUUGGAGGCGCUUAUGUGUUUAUGUUUGGCGUGGACCAGUUCACACAGGUGGGCUACCGCGAGAUGAUUGUCAUCUUUGACUUUACGGGCAAGACUCUGACUUACCACCCCAGCAGGGAUGUCUACCUGAUGAUUGGCUUUUCGGUGGUCCUGGCGGCACUCGGGAUUUUUUGGGAGUUUUGGCACCAUUCGACGCCUGUCCUCAUGGACCGCAAAGCCGUCUUUCGGAUCUAUGGGCGCCCAUUCGGAAAGAGACCCCGGAAGCUGGUCGGUCAAAAAAUCCAUCAUCAUCUCAAAACCACAUCAGAUGUCUAUGCCCACAUCAUGGGCUGCUUCUGCUUCCAGCGUUGGACCGUUGAUGAUCUCCUUUACGAUGAACAUAUACCCGACAACGAGGUGGACCAUAUUGUCCCCGUUACACCCUCGAUCCCAACUGGAAUUCCCUGUCCAACAUGUACCGUGCACCCCGAACCUGUCCCUGUCAAACCCUCUCCACCUUCCCCUACGCCUAAACCCUCCCCGCCUUCUUCACCAGAACCCAAGCCAAGCACUCCCAAGGAGGAGAACAGCAAUGUCCCUGAAAAGUCGGCGCCGAUGGAGAGUCGACCGGGAUCGCCAUUGGGCACGGUUGUCGUGACAGAGACAUAUGCAGAGAUCACCGAUUCCAACACCGAAUCGACCAUCCUCGAGAGGCAAAAUCGAUCUCGCCCACAGCCAAGCCCAAGCUCCGGUGCAGGCACCAAGACUUCUAGUACGGCAACGAUGACGACCACUACUACAACGACAACGAACAGUUCCAACUAUACCCAUAUCCAGCAUUCUGAAACGUCCUCAAAUCAACAUUCUCCGUCGUCACCGAGUCCACUCACGAGUGCCAUUCCAAGACCACCAAUCCGCCCCGAGCCACAGCAUCCGUUGUUCACCCAAAAUCUGGGGGAGCGCACAAUGGAGAUGCUGCGAUUGGUCACGGACGACACCAGUUCAGACGACACUUUGCCCCCAAUCGUCCCCUUGACCCCUCACCGCCCAGCUGCCCAGACAGUGUGGAGAACAGCCGUCUUACCUCCGCCAGCAUCAAGCACCGCCUCAAUGUCGAUGGACCGCCAUGUGUUUGAUCUGCUCGAGGUCAUCGAAACCUCCCACGGUCACGGAUCUGAUCCUUCGGAGGAGUCAGUACCAGAAGAUGACGGUGUAGAGGAUGAAGAAUAUGUGGAAUCAGAGAAACCUCAUGCAAAGUAG